UGUAGCUCUUAAACAUAAUUUUAUUGUUGUGCCGAAGGAAACACAAACUAAAGCUGAGAUAAUAUAUUUAUUAUGCAUCGAAAUGUAGUCCGAUUAGACUGAUUUUGUGUGCUGAAUGCCUGCAACUUGCAAUGUCUGGAGUCCAAGUUGCCUUAGCAACAACUUUCAAGUCAAAGAAAUCAAAAGUAAAAGCACACACAAAUUGUAAUUUUCUGCUUUUCCAUUUCCUAAAAUGUUGUCCAAGCAUCUUUUUACUUUCGGUCAGCGGCUAGCUCAUCAGAAAAGUGUUUUUAAGGGUCCAAUGCUUCGCGCAUCGCUGGAACCAGAAUGUGACACCGCCAUACCUCAUGCUGAGAAAACGGUCUCCACCAUGCAGCUGCCUGCUUAUAUAGAUCCAAAAUGUGUGCUACAGGAAGCUGUCUAUGAGGGGAAGGAGCAGCCCAAAAGCUACGACUACAAAUAUCAUGCAUAUUCUCUAUACGAUUUGAACGAGGCCACAACCCGUUUGGCCGAGCAGCAGACCAAGAAGAAAGACAAUAAUUAAUGUUUCUGUAAAGUUUCAAUAUUUAAAUACUGUAAAAAUACACGCCAAAUUAAUAAUAGU